AAUGAGCUUAUUCAUCAUAUACGUCCUUCCGAGUACACCAUACUGGCAAAACGGUUCAGUUUGAUGGAUUUGAUUGGUGCUGUUCUUGGUACCUUCCUCGUUACCAUGCUGAUGUUCAUAAUUGCGUACAGGACGUCUAAGUUGUAUGUCUACCGGAGGGCAAAAUUACGAUCCCAAUCAGACCCAAUGCUAAGGCAUCGGGAUCAUAAUAAACACAAUCCCGACGGUACUUCAUCCUCAGCCGCCUCUUCAUCUCUGCUCAAGUUUUCACAACUUCCAGUUGCUCCUAGAUAUCCCCCUGAUUACGCUCAAACUGGCUAUCAAAAUCCACCGUUGAGUGGCGGUCUUUUGGUUGCAUCAAAACAGAGAGAUUCAGGUACUUUUACUUCACAGUCUACAACGUCUUCUCAGAAUGCAAAUGGUCAGGGUGGAGCUUAUGAGACUGUGUAUAAUGAGACUUCUACAAAUCAGUUGAUGUAUGAAACGCCAAGCGAUAAUCUGGCGAAUGCUGUAGCUGCAGCUUGUCAUCAGAACCAGCAAUCCUUCAUUUUUCCCUUCGCACAGGCAGGAUAUCCCAUCAUGUUUGGCAGUACGCUUCCUUCACAGCAAAGCACUGCGACGGCUUAUGCUUUAGGUGUCACUAGUCCUUCAGGUCCAACUUACAUCCCUCCCCCACCUAAUGUCCAACAACCCUCCCUACCCCGAUCCAUUCAAUCCCAGUCAGGUCCCCUACAACAUGUCUACUCCUCCACAAUGCACAUGGGGGAACAUUAUCAUACCCCUAGUGUUUCUAUGGCUGUUCAUACUUCGGUACCUUCGAAUCCCACUCCCCAGCUUAAUCAUGUAACAUAA